AUGAAACGCAACGACAAAGUCCAAAUCAUCUCCGGCCAACUACCUCCAUCCCUCCGCUACCGUCUUGCUUCCCUCAUUGGAAAGGAAGCAGCUACGUUCCUAUGGAAUGCCAACAAGCGAUUCCGCCUUGACGAACCUGUGCUCCGCGAACUUCGAGCCAUCCAGCACAGCCUCCAAACAGAGAUUUGGGAAAUCUACAUUCCCCAGAUGAUCCCUCGAGACCCCCACUUCACGUCGUACGGAGAUGCUAGCUUUCUUGGAGGAGGCGCCUAUUCCAACAAACUCCUCUUUUGA